AUGAAGAUUCAGGAAUACAUUGUUUUGCUAAGCGAGAGCAAGAAAUAUGUACACUCCAAAUAUGUUAGUUCAUGCGUUAACUCAGAACAACAAUAUGUUCAACUAACCGUAUUUAAAGAAGUUUGGAAUGCAUGUGUCCCUCAUAUUCAAUUUAUGAAACCAAAGACGGAUCUGUGUAAAACGUGUUUUCAGUUGAGGGAGGAUAUUUCCGGAUCUAUUUCAGAAGACGCGAAAUUAGUGACAACUCAAAAAUUGAUUGACCAUAUACAGUCUGCGCGGACGGAGCGUGAAUAUUAUAAAUUAUGUACACAAAGAUCACGUGAUGAAUUAAAGUUAGCUGAGUCUCCAAUAGGACGGUAUAACACUCCAUGUUCAAAAAAUUUUGAAAAUGUUCAUUACACUUUUGACUUUUCACAAUAUGUAAAUUUGCCACAUUCGUCUCAACAAGUUGGAGCUCUUUACUUUUUAACACCUCGAAAGGUUCAAAUAUUUGGAGUUUGCGAUGAAAACUUUCCAAUGCAAACUAAUUAUUUGAUUGAUGAGCAACAAACAAUCGGAGAAAAUGGAAGUCGGACACAUGGACCCAAUGCUGUUUUAAGUAUGCUCCACCAUUAUCUGCAUGGUAAUACUUACGGUGAAAAAGCGUGUCAUUUUCAUGCUGAUAAUUCCGUGGGACAAAACAAAAAUAAAACUACUUUACAUUAUCUGUUGUGGAGGUGCGCAAAGGGUUUACACAAAACUAUUAAUUUGCAUUUUAUGAUUGCUGGGCACACAAAAUGUUUAUGUGACGCAUGUUUUGGCAUGUUGAAAAAAAAAUUUAGAAAGUCGGACGUAAACACUGUUUCGCAACUGGUUAAAAUCGUUGACAAUUCUGCCAAAUGCAAUAGGUCAGAAGUUUUCAAUGAAAAUGACGAUGACGAAAACAGCUUAAAGUGGUACAGAUGGGAUAGUUUCUUCACUAAAUAUUUUAAACCACUCAGAGGUAUAGGAAAAUUCCAUCACUUCAGAUUUACCAGUGACGAAGUAGGAGUCGUAUUUGCGAGAGAAACUCUUGAUGAACCGGAGAAAAGACUGGUCCUCCUAAAGGAAAGCGCAAACCUACCGGAGUUGCUCACGACACUUCCAGAAGUUAUUCAGCCAGCAGGGCUGACAGAGGAGAGAAGGCGUUAUCUGUACAAUGAAGUCCGUCCUUUUGUUCAGUUUAAUUUCCGUGACGAAUUUUGUCCUCGUGCUUCAGAGGAGUAACACUUUACAUAUACUGGUUAAAGUUAGAUUGAAAACUUGAGAAUCAUGUAUUGCUUCAUUGUAACAAUCUUAUAAAUUUUAUUAAAUAUUGUAUACCAAUGUAUGAUUUCAUGUCUCUCUUUAUUGCGAGAAAAGGACCGAUAC